CGUAGACUAGCUGAGACCCAUCUUGAGGCCCUGGCCGACGAACCUCUGCAUUCCUCUCGCAUCAAGGAGCAGCUGAAUCGGAGAUAUAUCAUGUAUAGGUUGCACUUGGAUCAUCGUGACGCGGCCUCCACCACAUACACAUCCACCUUCAACCCAAGAACCUCCGACUUUGAGAAGAUUGAACAGCGACGGAUCUCCAUGAUUUCUACCUUGCCAUCUACCAUAUGCAACACCCCCUUUCUCCAAUCCAUGAACCAGAAGGAAGGGAUGACAACGCCGACCACCAACCACACGCAAUCCAGCAGCAGCAAAACACAACAUGCAAGAACGACAAAGACAACGGCAAUAUAUUCCUACAUGACCCCUCAAAGCCCCACGUCCACAUUGCACCUUUCCCUUUCCCCUCCAACGGCCGUGUUGCCAAGCCUAGACACAAGCCUGCCCACCAAGCCAGAUCAGCCCAGCCUGCCUUCUUCCCCUUUACCCAGCCAAGUUGCCCGGCCAACCCAAGCGGAACCGACUGGCGUGCUAUAGAAGCGCUACCUCAUGCCCGCCUGCAGAUCCCCAACCCCGUCCAGCCAACCAAACACUC